AUGCCUGCAAUGGAGAGACCGUCCUUUGCUGGACGCCAAUUUGCCGUCACUGGAGGCUGUUCCGGAAUUGGCCUUGCUUUGACCAAUACCCUUCUCGCCCUAGGUGCAGUCGUCUACGUUGCGGACAUUGCCCUUCAGACUCCCGACGAGUUUCUAUAUCGAGAAAACGUCCAUCUAACGGUGCCUUGUGAUGUGACCAACCGAGAAGCUUGCCGGCGCUUCAUCGAAUCCAUUCCAGGCAGAUUAGACGGGCUUGUGAACUGCGCCGGCAUUUCAGGCUGGGAGGGCAAGAUCGGCACCGAUGCCCUGUACCAAAGAACCAUGGACAUCAAUGUUACCGGUACCUGGAACAUGGCUACUGAAGCCUUUCAGAAAAUGUCAACGCAAGAAGACAUUGAGGUCCCGGGAAUCGUGCCAGGCUCGGUCCGCAGCGUGGGCCAGGGGUCGAUUGUCAACGUAGGAAGCGGUGCAUCACUUCGUGGGGUGGCCGGAUUGGCAGCCUAUACAGCGUCUAAGCACGCAGUUCUCGGUCUAACGAGGAGUUGGGCUCGAGAUUUUCCCAAGUUGAGGAUAAACAUCGUUGCUCCGGGAGCAACGGAGACGCCUCUAGCAGCUGCAUCUACUAUUGGAGCCCCCGAGGGCGAUCCCAAUGUGGUUUUUGGGAAAGGACAAAUUGCUUCCAUUCCAAAGGGGCGAAUGGCCCAUGCGACGGAUAUAGCAGAUGCCAUCGUUUUCCUCUUAUCCGACUGGUCCAGCUUUAUCACUGGCCAGUGUAUACCAGUCAAUGGUGGGAAUUUUUAG